GAUGAAUUUGUUAUUGUUUUCGUGUCUAGCUUUGGCUCUCAUUCUUGGAACCAAAGGAGCUGAAAAUGCCGAAAAUGCCGAAAGUGUAAUCCCUUCAAAAACAGAAUAUGAGCGAUAUUUGGAUCAGAUUCUUUUGGUGUUUGAAAAGGAUCCCAAAGUGAAGGAAAUCCUAAAGAAUGCCACUCCUCAAGAUAUAAAGAAUGGUGUGAUAGAGAAGACCCUACGCAGACUACACCCGGACAUCAGAAGUAAACUGGACGAGGUAAAACGGAACAUCAUCAUGGAGUACAGACAGAAGUUAAGGAAAGCUAAGAUGGACGACAAGGUGCCUGAUGAUCUGUACAAGUUCCAGGACGAGGACCUCAAGCAUCUGCUCAAAGAGAGACACGACAGAUUAGCAACAAUGAACGAAGAAAGAAAGCGACAGUUUAAGAAAUACGAAAUGGAAAAAGAGUUGAAACACAGGAUGGCACUCCGAGCAAUGAACGAGUACGAUAGAAAAGUUCAGGAAGCACUUGACGAGGAGCAGAAGAAGAAGAAAGUGGAUCACGCUAAGAACAUCAAACACCCAGGAAAUAAGAAACAGCUUGAGGAAGUUUGGGAGGCUGAAGGGUUUGACAAGGGCUCCUUCAACCCUAAAACAUUCUUCAAGAUGCAUGAUGUGAACAAUGAUGGUGAAUGGGAUGACUUUGAACUUGAGGCUAUUUUCGAAAAGGAGGUCGAUGAGCUGUUCGAGAUAUCAUUCCAGGGUUUGGAUGAUAUUGACGAGGAGGAGAAGGACGAGGAAGUGUCCAGAAUGAGGGAGCACGUGAUCGAGCACAUUGACAAGGACGAUGAUGGUGUUAUCCAGCUGAAGGAGUUUAUAGAUUACGCAAACAGUCAGGAUUUCGAUCAUGAGGAUCCGUGGGAUGCUGCGUUUAGUGCGGAGUUCAGUGAGGAAGAUUUGGGAAAUUACGAGAGAGAUAUGGAUGAAAGAGAAAAAGAAGAUAUAAAAGCUCAAGCUGAAAUUGAAAAACAGAGGAGGCUGGAAACUAUAAAGAAGUACGAAGAUGAGAGUAAGAUAAACAUGCAGAUGUUAAAGGAUCACUCGGAGAAACUUAAAGAAGCUCUUUUAGCGGCUAAUAAAGCUAAGGACCUUGAAAAAGCUAAGAAAUUAGUAGCAGAUGCUCAAGUCAAAGAAGGAGUUGCAAAUUCAGCUGAAGAGAUUGCCAGGGAGCAUGAGAUUCGAAUAGCAGAUGAACAGCGACGGAUUAAAGAACAACACGACCAGCAAAUACAGGCUGAACAGCAAGCCCAUCAACAGAGGCUGAGAGAGGCAGAAAUUCAAGCCGAGCAACAAAGACAAGAACAAGCAAGGCAAACAGAAGUCCAGCUUGAACAGCAACGCCAAGAAGAACAGCGACGUCUAGAAGAACAGCAACGAAAUGCUGCGAUUCAGGCUGAGCAGCAACGAAAUGCUGAGAUUCAGGCUGAGCAGCAACGAAAUGCUGAGAUUCAGGCAGAACAGCAACGAAACGCUGAGAUUCAGGCAGAACAGCAACGAAAUGCUGAGAUUCAGGCAGAACAGCAACGAAAUGCUGAGAUUCAUGCUGAACAGCAACGAAACGCUGACAUUCAGGCAGAACAGCAACGAAAUGCCGGAAUUGAUGCUCAACAACAGCAAGAUGAACAAGCAAAGCAGGCGGAUUUGCAGCGGGAGGAGCAUAAAAAAGAACUGGAAGCUCAAUUGAAGUCCCUAGAACUGGAGAAGGAGAAACUGAACGUUCAGCAAUAACUAGGAAACUCUCUAGAGUUAAUAUUUACAUCUAGGCGUCGCCGUAAAGUCCAAACAAGCUCAGCAAUCCCGUCCCCUGUUCGAACUGCAACCGACUUAGCUGUUGUCUUUUCGGAAGAGUUUCUAUCUUUAGAAAUCGGAAAAUAGGGAACUUCUCACAUUGAUAUAAUCUGUUCCUAAUUUGUUAAUUUAUCGCUAAUUGUGAUUAUUCCGUUAUUUCCAACAUGCAAUUUUAAAAUCAUGCACAGGAUUUUGAUAAUAUAUAUUUUAAUACAUGAUAUAAAUGUUGAUUUUAUUGAAGGGUUUAUAAAAUGAUGAAUUAAUUAACACUGAAUAGAUCAGGCAAUAAUGCAAACAAACCCACCCUCUUUUUACAAGAAUAUUUGGUAUUACAAAAUUAAGUAUUAAGUUAUUCGCAGUUUUGAUGAAUUAUUCGUUUAAAAGCAGAUGUAUCAUGGCUGGGUUAUAAAAAUCCUCCCUCUAGUUUCAUUCAUAUUCAUUAUUCUGGUACUCAGUCUUUGCUGCAAAUUUUUGGUGGGAAAUAUUAUCUUAAUAAUGCAAGAAAUGUAAUCUGUAAUUAAUUGUAAGUUUUACUAAAUACUAGAA